AGCCUAGAGGCGGGUCUUCUCUGUACUGUCUAGGGCUUGCUGGGACAUAUCCUGUUCAGUCCAGCUCUGGCUACUGUAGUGACCAGAUCCACAGGACAUCUUAAAGCUAUUACAGAUUGCAAACCUGACGAACACCAAAGCCUACGUUCCUAUUCCCUCCAAUCGGAAAAGGCGACCGGUGGAGGUUGUGGAGGUAGAGGAGGAAGAAGAGGUGGAGGCCGGACCCUCCCAGCCUAUUGAGCCACCACCACCAGAUGUGGGAGAAGUGAAGGAGGUGGAAAGUGCUGUACCCUCCAGCACCACCCCAUCUCAGGACUCGGAGGAAGAGGAAAUGAUCACCAGCCCCGGACAGGAGGGAAUGAAGACAUUGAAGGCCAAAUUGGCCAAACUGGAAAGGGCGCAUCUCCAGGAUAUGCGGGCCAUUCAUGAGCGCUUGAAGACCAUGGAGGAAAGGCAACGCAAGGCCAUGAAGGAGGUCCAUGAGAUUAUCAUGCUUUUGGAGAAGUUGCCUUAAUUAAAAAAUUGAUUUUCUACUAAGUUAGAAGUAGGACCUGAGGGUGAGCACCUAUCCAUACAAAACAGGGGUGAGCCGCUGUAUUCCAUUUUUUACAUUUAUUCCAAUACCCUCAAACAGCUGAGCUCCUCCAGUUCUGAUAUGGACAUUUGGGAACACUUAGAUAACAAAUAUAAAAGAAUUGAAGCCUUUUCCUUCAAUUUGGAAGGUGAAGCUUCAAUACAGAUAACAAGAUCUAUGGAUGAUGUUUUUAAAGCUUUGGAGAGGAUUCUGCAACGUCAAUUGCGUAACAAGUGGGAAAUUAGAUCCCUGACGCAAUAUUUGGAUAGGGGCUUCAUCCCUAAGGGUCUAACACUGACCAAGACACCUGCAUCUGAUUUGAUGAAUGAUGAGUUCAGAAAGGAAUGGGAUGGAUUCCUAAAAAUACAAUCUGGAGCCCUUAUCCAAAUGAUCAUUAAAAGAAGAAUAAAAAUGACAGAGGAAAUGACAGGACAAAUAGAUACUCUAAAAAAAGAAAUAGAAAUGUUUCCAAAUACUGAGGUAGUCCAGAAGUGGCACGAAAGAAUCUGUAAAAAUUUAGAUGCAUUAGAAAGAGAAAUAAUAGGUAAAAAAUCCAAAAAACUACACAAUAUGGAAAAGAAAGAAACCACAGAAAUUUAUGGACGGGAGGUAGAACACACGAAUACACAGGGACAAAUGGAAAAUGUCAAAACAUCAAAUAGAUAUGAGGCACUAGCAACACCACAUUUUUUAGACUUUACACCCCCACAUCACAAAGCACGAAUAAGAAAUACACGAACUCCCACUCCAACACGCCAAGAGACACAGAAACACAAUUAUAUAACACAGAGCUAUGCUCACGAUUACAAUUUGAGGGAUCGUCCGAGGGAACAUACACAGAACAGAGGAUAUUACCAGACACACAGACAGGAGCACAGACACUAUCAGGACACAACACACCAAUACACAUCAGGAGUAAACAGGUCACAAAAACACAAUCACAACGAAGAAUACGUAGAGGACGACAUGCACAAAAGACGAAAACACAAGAAAUAAAAACGCCAAUCAAUAACAUAAUAAAUAUUAGUGAUACCACACUUACAGAAAGCCAAGUGCAGCUUCUUAACAAAGGUUUGAAAUUUGCUCCCACUAAUCCUAUGGAUAAAUUUGCUACAUACAUAGGAGUGGAGAAAUUCAUCAGACGCCUAUGUCUCAAAAAAUAUUUCCUAAAAAAUCCUAUUAAUAGGGAGAUAGAUAUGGGAAGCAAUACAAAGCAAUAUCCACAUACAGAUCUAAAGGUUAGAUCAAAGAAAUAUCCCAGGCAGGAAAUUAGUAAAGAAAUGGCCACAUUUAAGAAUAAUGUAGAAUGUGAUUUAAGAAGAAUUAAAAGUCGCAGGGUAAAUCCAAAUCUCAACAGGGAAGAAAUCAAAGCCAUCAAAUCCCUACAAGAAACAAACAACAUUAUCAUUAGGCCCGCAGAUAAAGGCGGGGCCAUUGUGAUAUUGAACACAAAGGACUAUACAGAAGAAUGCUAUAGACAAUUAAGAUCUGGAAGCACCUAUCAAAAACUAAAAGGAGACCCAACACAAGAAUACUAUAGCAUCUUACAAAAUUUCUGCAUAAGGGGGGUUGAGGCCAAUUUCCUUUCU